AUGUCAGGACAGCUAGAUGGCGCAGCCCAAAGCCACCACCAGCAGGUCACCGAGAAUGCAGCUGGCUCCGGCCCCGGCCCUGCUGCUGGGCACUCGACAUCCGACAUCGAAGUCAUCUGCGGCCCUCUUCUUAACUACCAGCGCAUGAGCGAGGAUGGUGCAGAUGUCUUCUGGCAUGGCUCCGUGCUCAUCGUCACCAAGCCAGGGGGACAGAAGCCAACACUCGAGCUUAAGUCGCUGGGCGCCCGGGACAAAGCUGCCAAAGUCAAGAGUUCGCCUACACAGACAGUCGAGGGCUUGAAGCUCUACCAAGAUCCAGGCAAGGCUUUCUGGCGGUUCAGUCUCCAGGUACCCCUAGCAGAAGCGGAAGCCAAAUGGCAAUACUCCAUACCCAGCAUGCGCUUCCUAUCAGACGUGGGCAAGGGGCCAUCUAGGGAGUUCGUAGUACCUGCUGCGACCGAGUCUAUGCGCAUAAUGUUUCACUCUUGCAACGGCUUCUCUGUAGGCACGGAUGAAGAUUUCUGGUCUGGCCCUGUGCUGUGGAAUGAGGUCUUGCGAAUCCACCAUCAGAAACCCUUCCAUGUCAUGAUCGGCGGCGGCGACCAGAUCUAUAACGAUGGAGUUCGCGUGAACGGACCGUUGAAACAGUGGACGAGCAUUUCCAACCCAGCCAAAAGGCGAGACUACCCGUUCGAUGAGCGAAUGCGGGAAGAGUGCGACGAUUACUACUUCAACAACUACACUAGAUGGUAUGGAACCGAGCCCUUUGCCACGGCGAAUUCUCAGAUACCUCAAAUCAACAUCUGGGACGACCACGACAUCAUCGAUGGGUUCGGUUCAUACACGGACCAUUUCAUGAGAUGCGCCGUCUUCCGAGGCAUAGGCGGCGUCAGCUUCAAGUACUACUGUCUAUUCCAACAUCAUACCGCUCCGCCGGUGUCAACUUUCACGACCGAUGCUCCUUCGACCAUGGAGGCGACUGCGGACGGUUCGGCAGGUGCCGAUCCACGCCAGUUGAAGGACACUUAUGUUUAUAAGAGGACUGCGGAUGACCCCAGCUGGAUUGUAGGGAAGAGACCUGGACCCUACGUCGAGGAGAAGUCGAGGAAUUUGUACAUGCGUCUGGGUAAACGAAUUGCUUUUUGUGGUAUCGAUGCCCGAACAGAACGAACCAGGAAGCAGGUCAAUUACCCUGACACAUAUGACCUGAUCUUUGACCGGCUUGAUACCGAACUCAGAGCCGCCCGUGGCGAGAUCAAGCAUCUUAUUCUACUUCUCGGUGUGCCAAUUGCCUACCCUCGUCUAGCAUGGCUCGAGAACAUUUUCACAUCCCCCAUCAUUGCACCCAUCAAAUUAUUGAACAAAAGAUUCGGCUUUGCCGGAGGCUUCUUUAACAGCUUUGAUGGGUCAGUCGAUCUGCUCGAUGACCUCGACGACCAUUACACGGCACGCCAUCACAAAAACGAACGUCGGGAUCUUGUCGUUCGUCUGCAGAAGCUCGCGGCGACGCACUCGGUCCGUGUGUCCAUUCUCGGUGGUGACGUCCAUCUUGCCGCUAUUGGCCGGUUCUACUCGACGCCUGCAGAUAAUAUGGACGCCCUCGAAGACCCACGCUACAUGGUCAACAUCAUCUCGUCAGCCAUCACAAACAAGCCCCCGCCCAAGGCUGUUGCGAAUUUACUGGCGCGACGCAACAAGAUCCAUCAUCUCAGAGACGGAAACACCGACGAGACACUGAUGAACAUGUUCGAUGUGCAGCCCGGUGGCCAGGAGAAAGGUGCGACUUGGAACAAUGUCACCAUGCCAAGCCGGAACUUCGCCUGUAUCACAGAAGUACCGGACGACCACACGGGCGAUGCGCAACCCAAUGGCGUCAAUGGCUCUGCGCAUAUCAAUUCGACAGGGAGAACGGGCAAGACCCGUCCCAGCGCUGGCGCCGGUACCGACGGACACGGUCCGCUCCACUCAGGCGAAGAAGGUGCCGGCAGCACGCAUCCGGCGGCCGAUGGAAUCAGUGUCGAAGGCCCGCUCAAAGGUGGAUUGAACGUGUCAAUCCGCGUCGAAAUCGACAACCACGACCGUGAGGGCAAGACGCAGGGUUACGGAAUGACCAGUAAGUACUUUGCUUUCUGA